AACUGUUUGUUUUUCUUUACAGAUGCAGCGGCCAGCGACAGUUCAGGAACAAUUAACACAUCCUCACCUGUUAAUAAGAGGCGAGGGUUCAGCGGCCGAAAAUGGUUACCGCCGCCAUUACGCAAACUAUCGCAAGGAAAAGUGGAAAAGAGUCAGUCACCUGCAGAUCGGCCACCCUUAAAGAAGACAGGAUCGGAUAAAAGAAUUAAGGUUCCGCCCGAUAUGGGUAACAAAACGUCGGUGUCGGAGGGUGAGGACGAAGAAGAGAGAACGGUCACGCUGAGGGGAAUUACGCCGAUCGCUCCGUCGGAAUUCACAAACGGCGGCGGCGAAGAAGCGGACGACGAAGUCGAACUGCCUCCGCCGAUGAAGCCGAUACAGGAAUCAAUUUUGGUGACGGCCGGACCUCCAGGUGCCGUACCAACGAUCGACGAGAAUUCCUGCAAGCGUGUGUCUAGUUUAACACUCAAGUCCCUGGAAGGUGCCACUUCUGCAGAUUUGGCAGAGAUUGAGCAAAUUGUUAAGGAAAGAAUGGAGCAACACACCGAAAAUUUGGAGCGGAAUUCCUUGCUGCGCGACACGAAAUCAUCGGAUGCAAUUGCCGAGUGCGGAAGUGGUGUCAAUUACCAUCGCGAUCUUUCAGCGCAAUCUUCGUCGAAUGAGGCUACCGCCUUAGCGUUUAGUGGUGACGAAAGUGAUAAACCGACAGAGGACGUUAUAGAUAGUGCGAAAAAUAUGGAAACUCAGAUACGUAAAAGACAGUUUGUGUUAAGAGAACUUGUUGAAACCGAAGACGCGUACGUGCGCGAUUUAGCUUUGAUUGUCGAUGGGUACAUUGCGACAAUGCGCGAUCCCGACUGCGAAAUUCCCAUGCCAGAAGAUCUAAGGGGUGGAAAGGAUAAGAUGGUGUUCGGCAAUAUAGAAGCCAUUUUCGAAUGGCAUCGAGAAUUCUUCCUUAAAGCUCUUAAAAGAUGCAUAGAGCACCCAACUGAAUUAGGUCCCUUAUUUAAACGUUACGAUAGAAAGCUUCAUAUGUACGUAGUCUAUUGUAAAAAUAAGCCAGUCUCCGAGUAUAUAGUAUCAGAAUAUCUAGAAACCUAUUUUGAAGAGUUGCGAAUUAAGUUAGGACAUAAGCUUCAACUGUGCGAUUUGCUCAUUAAACCUGUACAAAGAAUUAUGAAAUAUCAGCUACUGUUAAAAGAUAUCCUGAAACAUACGGAGAGGGCCGGAUUGCGUGCCGAAGCAGAAUCUUUGAAAAGUGCUUUAGAAGUUAUGAUAGUCGUUCCUAAGGCUGCUAAUGAUAUGAUGGACGUUGGGCGGCUUCAAGGAUUUGAUGGUAAAAUCACUGCUCAAGGGAAAUUACUCCUCCACGGUCCACUUACCUGCUCAGAUGGAUCCGGCAGUAGUAGUAAUGCUCUAAUAGGAAAAAGUAAAGAGCUUCUAGUAUUUCUUUUCGAACAAAGUAUGAUAUUUUCGGAGGCGGUGGGCAAGAAAACUCAAUUUAGCAGUCCGCAGUACUUCUACAAAGCUCACAUACAAGUUAACAAGAUGGUGUUAAAUACGCUCGACGACGGCUUCACAGUACGAUCGACCGACCCCGGCAAGCCAAACCUCGCCUUCACCUGCCAGACGUCGUCGCCCGAGCUGCUAGAACAGUGGAUAACGACGAUAGAUAAUAUUUUACAGACACAAAAGGACUUCCUCAAAGCAAUUCAAAGUCCGAUCGCGUAUCAAAAAGAACUUACCAAAGAAGCUCCUUUCUCGGAUUUAUGGCCAGUGUGGGAUCCCGCCCUCCUUAGGAAAAGCGUUUCGUCGUCUUCGCCUUCGGCGGAGAACAGUCAGCGGAAGCACGCCGGACUUCACAAGGCGAACACCAUUGGAAUUCCGUCCGAUGCCGAAUUGAACGAGGCGAAACAGCCGCACACGCCGAUAAAUAAGCCAAGACUGAAUAUUUUCGGGUUUCGAAAUACCCUUAGAAAUAAACAUAAGAGUGAUGUACCUGUAGUGGAAUCUCCAAAAGAUGGCGAUAAAAGUGAUACUCCACGUCGAUGGUCUGAUGCCAAUCACUCCACGUGUGACCAAACGAUAAUGUCACCAGGAACUUUGGCGCGACUCGUUUGCGAAUGGCCAGACUUGUCUUUAGGUGACAUAGUUCACAUUGUACAGUACGAUGCGAUAGAAGGAUACCUAGUUCGUACCACAACUCAUUUAGAAGAAAUAUGGCUGCCGGUCCACGUGUUGUCGAACUACAAUAGGAAACCUUGGUCGUUUCGUUUUCGCAAGCCGAGCUUUCCUAGUCACGGCCGGCGAUCCGUCGACGGCAACUCGCUGCAAGAGAAUGUGAUAAACGAGGUGUCUUGUCCCGAGUUUUUAGACAAAAUGAAAAACUUAGCCGCGCAGUGCGGCUCGAAGGUUGUGUUUAAAUGCAAGGUGAAGAGCUGCGGCGGAAAUAUGAAGAUCAGUUGGAGAAAAACCGAACCGGAUCCGUGCGUGAUGCGAAGCAGCGGCAGAUUUGUGCUAAAUCGAAGUAAUGGCGUCGCUUCUCUCACGAUAAAUAAUAGCAGAUUGUCGGAUUCUGGAAGUUACUUGUGCACCAUUUCAAAUGAGAUAGGAUCUACACAGUGUUCGGCGAUUUUGACGGUCACCGACUCGUUGCCUCCCCUAACCGAACCUAAGGCCAAUGUGAUUUCCUGCUCGAGCGUUUUACUAGAAUGGGAAAAUGAUACGUACGACAAAUUCUUGGUGGAAUACUGCAAGAUUGGUAGCGGAGAAUGGCUGUCGCCCAACAAUGGUCAAGCAAUUACAGCUCGAGCGUACACUGUCGAACAUUUAACAGCUGGCGAGACGUACAGUUUUCGCAUUGUAGCCGCCCAUAAUAAAUUGGUAGGUUUACCGAGUGCCGCCGUCACACUUCCCGUUGCCGAUAGCAUCAGAUGGCAGCAGGAGCAGUUCAAGCGGCGGUAUAUCGAACUGGAAGAAAUUGGAAGAGGACGAUUUGCUAUUGUUCGUAAGGCCAAAGAUCGCGGUACCGGGCAGGAAGUUGCUUUGAAGGAAAUCAUCAGAAGAAAACAAUCGCACAAGAUUACCCAAGCUGAGUACGCGCUACUUGCCGGGAUUCGAUUUCAAAAUAUCAUUCACGCUUUGGCACUGUUUGAAAACGCACCCAUUCCCGGCGUUGACACAAUUGUGCUCGAGCUAGUGAAGGGAGCGUUGUUAUUCGAUUACAUUUGUGAAAAGGAAAUGUAUACGGAAUUAGAAAUUAAAAAUUACAGCAAGCAAGUGAUAUCUGCUGUGAAUUGGUUGCACGACCAAAACCUAGCUCACUUGGAUAUCAAGCCCGAAAAUAUAAUGGUAGAUCUUAGUGGUGUUGAUCCGAUACUGAAGUUAAUUGACUUUGGUGAUUGCGUCAACACCAACACUAGUGUGAUACUCCCACCUGCUUGCCUAGAGUUCGCCUCGCCCGAAUUAGUGCUCGGGCAACCUGUUGGCCAACACACCGAUUUAUGGGCGGUCGGAGUCCUUCUGUACGUCUUACUCAGUGGCGUAUCGCCAUUUUUAGAUGAUUCGGUUGAAGAAACAACUGCGAAUAUUUUGAAAUGUGAUUACUGCUUUCCUGACGAAUACUUUAGUGAUAUUUCUCUUGCUGUUAGGGAUUUAAUUCAGAAGCUUUUAGUGCUCGUGCCUAUUAAACGAAUAUCCAUGGGGGACUGUUUGGACUCAUCUUGGUUUAAGGAAGUUAGGACAAAAGAUGUUGGCAUUUCUGCCACAAAUCUUCAGACGUUUAUGCAGCGACGGCAUCCUGCCAAUUUAACUUCAAAGACAUCGACAUUUUGUACUGAUUAGAUCUUACACGUUUCCAUUUCAGUUUUGCAGCGGUUAGAAGAAUUUUAUUAUUGUGACGAUUUUGACAGAUUGUAUUGUGUGAUGUUAUUUAUUAUUAAUUAAAGGAAUAUCGAUAUUUUUAA